CGGCGGCCGAAGCUCUGCACCAGCCCCUGCCCCUCCGGGGGCUUCCCUGGCCCCUCCCGGCCGCCGAAACUUCUGCCAACCUGCCGACAAAUCAGCCCCUGAAGAUCCAGCCCCUGGAAGAAGCUGGUUUGGGAGGUGGCCAAGUUCUGUAAUUUUAUGUGGCACAGGAGCUUGAAGAACAAGCAGUAUUGAGCAAGCCCCGGAUCCUUAUCUCCCAAUGACAUCAGAGGCUGACCCAGCCGAAGAUGAAUCGGGGAAUAGCAGCUUCUUGUCAUUGUAACCAUGGAGAACCGGGCCUGCUUUGAGGCAGAGCUAAUCCCUCAAAGCCCCCGCUCUUUCAUUAAAUUGCUGAAAGUGAACCGGGAGCUUUUGGUCACCCAAAUCCGCAACACCCAAUGUUUGCUUGACAACUUGAUUGAGAAUGAAUACUUCUCAACGGAGGACGCGGAGAUCGCAGCUGCCUCUCCCACUCAACCGGAUAAGGUCCGUAAAAUUCUGGACCUGGUUCAGAGCAAGGGAGAAGAAGUGUCCGAAUAUCUCAUCUAUGUUCUGCAGCAGGUCUCUGACGCCUACAUCGACCUGAAGCCCUGGUUGAGCGAAAUAUGUUUCUCACCCUCUGAGCUCAUUGAGAGUAAAGUUGUGGUCAACACUGAUCCAGUGAGUAGAUACACACAGAAACUGCGCUGUGAGCUGGGCCGGGAUUCCAAAUUUAUCAUGUCCUACGCCCAGAAAGAGGAGAUGCUGCUGGAGGACACCUAUACUGAGAACGUCAUGGAGCUGAUCAACUUCUCCAACGAGAGCCUCGGCAGCGUGGGGGACCUGGCCUCCCUGCUGGACAGCACCACCGGGGUCAUCAAUGAGGACGGCGAGACGGUCUUUGUCUUCGGCGACGCUGGGGUGGGGAAGUCCAUCCUUUUGCAGAAGAUGCAGCACCUCUGGGCCAAGGGCGAGCUGGGCGGAGGGGCCAAGUUCUUCUUCCGCUUCCGCUGCCGCAUGUUCAGCCUCUUCAAGGAGAGUGAGGUCCUGUGCCUGAAGGACCUGCUGUUCAAGCACAACUGCUACCCGGAGCAGGACCCCGAGGAGGUGUUCGCCUUCCUCCUGCGCUUCCCACACACCGCCCUCUUCACCUUCGACGGCUUCGACGAGCUCCACUCGGACUUCGACCCGGGCGCUGUGCCUGAGGCCUCCUCGCCCGUGGAGCCCACCCACCCGCUGGUCCUGCUGGUGAACCUGCUCAGCGGCAAGCUGCUCAAAGGGGCCGGGAAGGUGCUGACUGCCCGGGCCGGGACCGAGGUCCCCCGCCGACUGAUCCGCAAGAAGGUGCUGCUGCGGGGUUUUGCUCCCAGCCACCUGCGGGCCUACACCCAGCGCUUUUUUCCUGACCGGGCCCUGCGGGCCCAAGUGCAGACCCAGCUGGAGGCUAACCCUAAUCUGAGCAGCCUGUGCUCCGUGCCCUUGUUCUGCUGGAUCAUCUUCAAGUGCUUUGAGCACUUCCAUGCAGCCUACGACAGCCCCCAGGGGCUCCCAGACUGCUCGGUCACGCUCACUGACGUUUUCCUGCUGGUGACCGAGGUCCACCUGAACCGGGCGCUGCCUGCCAGCCUCCUGCGCAGGAACACUCGGAGCCAGGUACAGACCUUAUGCGCUGGGAGGGCUGCGCUCCAGGCUCUGGGGCGGGUGGCCUACUCGGGCCUGGAGAGGAGCCUCUUUGUCUUUGACCAGGAGGAGGUGGAGGCCCUGGAGGUGCCAGAGGAGGACCUGCAGCUGGGCUUCGUGCGUGCUGUGCCUGAGGCUGGGGACCGACUCUCUUAUGAGUUCUUCCACAUCACGCUGCAGUCCUUCUUCACCGCGCUCUUCCUUGUCGUCGAUGACAGGGUGGGCUCUGGGGAGCUGCUCCGGUUCUUUGGCGAGUGGCGGACCGGUGGACCGGCAGGCCCUGCUUGCCCCCGGCUACCCUUCCUCUCGCUCCGGUGUCUGGCCGGGGGUGGGCCAUCUGGGGAGGACCCCUUCCGGAACAACGACCACUUCCACUUCACCAACCUUUUCCUGUGUGGGCUCCUGUCCAAGGCCAAGCAGAAGCUCCUGCGACACCUGGCCCCUGCCUCGGCCCUGAAGAAGAAGCGGAAGGCGCUGCGGGCACACUUGUUCUCCAGCAUGAGGGCCUACCUGAAGAGCCUGCCCCGCUGCCAGACCGAGAUGUUCAACCAGGUGCAAGCCAUGCCCACCUUCAUCUGGAUGCUGCGCUGCAUCUACGAGACACAGAGCGACAAGGUGGGGCAGUUGGCGGCCCGGGGCAUCUGCGCCAACUACAUUAAGCUGACCUACUGCAAUGCCUGCUCGGCGGACUGCAGCGCCAUCUCCUUCGUCAUGCACCACUUCCACAAGCGCCUGGCCCUGGACCUGGAUAACAACAACCUGAACGACUACGGCGUCAAGGAGCUGCGGCCCUGCUUCAGUCGCCUCACUGUUCUCAGGCUCAGUGUAAAUCAGAUCACUGACACUGGAGUAAAAGUGCUCUAUGAAGAAUUAACUAAAUACAAAAUUGUAACAUUUUUGGGCUUAACAACCCUGGACUACUAAACGCUGAAGAGAACCAAUUUCCCCUCAUGGUCUGUUUACAUUGGUCAAUUUCCCUACUAACUGUGACCGUAAAGCAACCAGCCUUGCCUUGGGUCCUGAGACUCAGGAUGUCAAGCCGGCUGCACGUAGGAGAGGAGGGAGGUGGGGGACUGGGAAGUGGAUGAGCAGGCUAGAGUUUCCAGUUUACCUGCCGGAACCUGCUCCUGAACUUGUUGCAGAGGUAUCCUAAAGGUUCCUAAAGUUGAGGUCCUGGAAGGGAGAGUAGCCUUUGAACUAUGAGCGUGUUGGAGAGUCUCCAGAAGCUUCAUUAUGUCACUCCAGCCCCAGGGAUUAGACACAAACCAUUGGGUUGUAUUGAAGAAGACCAGCCCAAUGAUUUUGUCAGCCAGUAUUUGACCCCCUUCUUGCCCUCCACACAAGGGACAGAAAACCCCAGGCCUCAGGACCCACCUACAUUACUAGUGACUUGCAUGAGCAAUGACUUCAGUGAGUAUUGUAGAUGAACUGAAAAGGCGAAGACUGUCCUGCUGUGCAAUGCCACACUUGCUUUUUCCUAGGUGAAACACAGAGGUCCCGUGUGUCCACCUGUUCUUGAGACUGGGCUGCUGAUUUUUAAAAAUUCCAGGCUGCUGCUAAAUUCUAAGCCAUGCAUGUAUGCGUUAUGUACCAAGUUAUUUUUCGCUGCACCAGAAAUUUUCACAGGUGACUGGGGUGUACGUCACCAAGAGAAACUUGGCCAUAGGGCUUUCUUUCUCUAGAAUGGAGUGCAGGUAUUUCCUGAUUACGGGAGGGGGGAACAAUUAAAAACUAAUGAAAGAGCAUGGUUUUGCAACAAUAUAAAACCUUGUCAUGUUUGCUUGAGAUACUUGCAUAUGUUCUAGCUUCCACCUCUUAGGGAGGAUGUCAUAGAGUGAGAGAGAAGAGGGCAAACAAAAUGAUGAGAGGCUUGACGUAGCUUUCAUGUGGAAGAAGCUGGAAAGAUUAAACCUCUUCAGUCUGAGAAGACGUGAUCAAAGUUUACACAGUCCUGAAGUGGUGGACCAAGAGAACAGGAAAUCAUUGUUCCGAGAGCUCUGAGGUGCACAAUUGUACUCACUGCCACGUGUUCUGAACGUAACUCCCCAAGAGCUCCAGGAAGGAAAAGACAAACACAGCAACACACAUAUGUCCACAUAUAGUUGUCCUUUGAAUUCAAAGAGGAUAGCACUGAUGGUGAAAUUCACCUAUGGGGUGCGUUGGUUACUAAAGACUACACAGCAGGAGAGCUAACUUCUUGACUGUAAGAGAUAAGUGGGCUUAUGAGAUUUUUAGAGAGAGCUCUGCUCUGUCCCCUACCAAAUGACUGUUAGGAGUCCCCCUAGCUCUCAUCUGUGAGCCAUUAUUACUGAGGGUCCCUGUCUCCUCCCUCAUGUAAGCCAGUUUUGGUCAGUUUCAAGAUUUUUUUUUCUUUUGUAGAAAAGACUGAAUUUGGUUGUUUUUUCUUUUCUAAAGGCUGGCCUUAGCCUUUUGCCUCUUCCUCCCUCCCUUUCCUCUCCAAAUCAAAAUGUGAAACUCAGCCCUGGCUCAUUGAAAAAGGAGACCAGAUGCCUUAUCAGAAUGGCCUGGAGCCUCAGGGUUCAGAGAUGGUGAAGGAUCAUAAAGCUUCGUUCACCCUUAUGAUUUCUCUCUCAGCUUAUACAAUAACCAAAUUACUGACGUCGGAGCCAAGUACCU